ACAGAGGGUGACUCGCAGCCCUCGGCGGAGAUUGACAGAUGCAAGUCAUAAUGCCGUUCACAGCUCGAAAUGCGAGACAUUCAUUCUAUUCUGAUUGGCUCCUGGCGAAUACAGUUUUAUUCUUUCGUCACACAAAGUAUACUUGGGCGUGGCUGGUAACUUUGCUCGUCUUUGAACUUACUCCUGCUACCAUAUGCCCUAUCGUCGUCUCCUUGAAGGGUGCUACUAGCUUUGAGCUUCUCAUCAGUGGUCACUCCUAUUGAUGAUCUAGGGCUGACUCGUGAUAACAGAUGGUUCAAUAGAACCACCCUUUCCUUUUAGUGGAUUUCAAAUGUCCUGAUCUAAUCUUACUCCCUCGAUCUUCAGGCCUGUAUUGAUGCUAAGCCCUAUGCACACACGAUGCACUGCUACAAUCAUGCAUUGAGAUCACCGCAACGUUACAUCCAACCCUACCUACCUACGGGGUAUACCCUUUGUUCAUGCAUUAUCUGCCCGAAUCUACCCACAGAGACCUCUGUCCCCGUACUGUACAUCGAGUACAAGUAAUCUACGCACAAAGCUGCAUGCAUACAUAGUAUGUACAACAGGCACAGCACCUCCAACUCGCCACGACGGUUACACACGGUCGGUCCGGUCCACUCCUUCACCAAUCAUUACUCCAUAGUUAUUAAGGGAGUGAAGACUGCUGCCCUAUCACCCUCCAAACUAGGGAUGCUCAUCCCACUUUCACUUAAUGACAUACUAUUCAUAUUAUCAACUAAAG